UUUUUAAGGACAACUCUGCUCCAUUGUCCACUUCUCCAUUUGACAUUUUAGUCUGCAAAAACCAGCCAUUUUCCCCUUAUAUCAUAACAAAAACAAAGACAUCAAAUUCCAAAAUAAUCCAAAUAUGUUCUUGAAAAUCCUUUCAACAUAAUAUCUAUUGUUUUUUUCUUCAUUAUAUGAACAAAAAAGACAUAGAAAAUCUUGUAAAAAUGGGUGGUGCAGCAUCAACAAUUGCAGCAAAGUUAGCAUUUUUUCCACCAGAGCCAUCAUAUCAAGUUGAUUUAGAUGAGCAAACACAAAAGCUAAAACUGUUAGGUGUUCCUCAAAGUGAAAAGGGUGAAGUUUCAAUUCUGCAAACAAAGAGAGGUCAUUAUAUUUUUGCAGUUUUUGUAAGAAACAAAGCUGCAACUUUGACACUUCUUUAUUCUCAUGGUAAUGCUGCUGAUAUUGGCCAAAUGUUCCAGUUUUUCGUCGAACUUAGUGUUCGAUUACGCGUUAAUGUCAUGGGAUAUGAUUAUGCUGGAUAUGGAAGGUCUAAUGGAGAGCCAAGUGAGCAAAAUACAUAUGCUGAUAUAGAAGCUGUAUACAAAUGUUUAAAAGAGAUUUAUGAAGUGAAGGAAGAAGACAUUAUAUUAUAUGGACAAUCAAUAGGAAGUGGUCCAACUCUUGAAUUGGCCACAAAAUUGCCUAAAAUUAAGGCUGUAAUUCUGCAAAGUGCAAUACUUUCUGGACUUCGAGUUAUGUACCGUAUAAAGUAUUCUCUCUGGCUUGACAUAUACAAGAAUAUUGACAAAAUCCCAUAUGUCAGUUGUCCCAUUCUUGUGAUUCAUGGUACAGAAGAUGAAGUAGUUGAUAUUUCACAUGGUAAAAAACUUUGGGAGCUCAGUAAAAUGAAAUACGAGCCCUUAUGGAUAAAUGGAGGAAAUCACUGUGACUUACAAGUCUUUCCUCAGUUCUUUACUCAUCUCAAAAAGUUCAUAACUUCAGUGGAAAGACAAUCAGAUUGCCAAACUAUUGAGGAAAGUAUAAUUGACUUAAAUUAUACUCUUGAUAUUACAAAUGAAAUUAAGUGCAGACCAAGUAUUGAAGAGAUAGAGAAAUCAAGAAUCAGUACUGAACAUAAAGAGAUCAUUGCAAUAAGGCCUAGCACAGACAAAAGAGUACUAAAGCCAAGAAUUAGUGUUGACAAGAGGGAAAAACCAAGAAAAAGCAUGGAUUACUUUGGAAAAUCAAGAAUUAGCACUGAUCUAGCUGAGAGGGGGAGAAACAGCAUUGAUCGGUUUGGAGAUAUGAUGAGAUCAGUAGCAUAUUGCAAUAUUGACUGUUUGAAGCAGACACUAUCUGAGGAGGACUAAUACAAUCAAAGUCUUUAAGUUGUUACUCAUAUUAGUGUCUGCAAAAGCAAUUUUUGGCUGUUCUUUCCCUUUGUUUGAAUUUCUGUUAAUCCUUGGAGCAACAGUAAAGUUGUCUCCGUGUGAUCUAUAGGUCAGGGGUUCGAGCUGUGGAAGCGGCCACUAAUGUUUGCAUUAGGGUAGGUUGUCUACAUCACACCCUUUAGGGUACGACCCUUCAUCGGACUCUACAUAAAUACGGAAUGCUUUGUGCACUGGACUGCCCUUUUUUUCUUUUCCUUUCUUGUGUAAAAUGUGACUGGCACACUACAACAAAAGCAAAAGGAAAAAAAAGAAGAGAUCUGUAAAGGAAAGAAAGGUGAAAUUGAAGCCAUUUGCAUAAUGUAUGGUAUACAUUGAAUAUUAUUUCAUUACCUACAUGUUUGUGAUUUGAA